AUGGGCGUAUUUCGGAUUAGGGUUUUUAUUCUUUUUAUAUAUUUUUGCUGCUCAUUUCUAUACUCAGUUCCCAAUGUCAGCGGCCAUGGUAAUACGUGCUUCAAUUGCACCGAGCUGGAAAAUUGCAAAGCUUCCAAGCAUUAUGUAAAGUACGUAGAUUCAGCGGAUACGGACAAGGUAGUUUUAAAGACACCAGCCGAUAAAGCUGACCCAAUCCUGGAGAAGUGUCUGGAUGACGGCUACAGAAUAAAUGAUACGCUAAAGGGCACUGUAUGCUCCGGUAGCUCAGAUGGCCUAUGUCACGCAAUUGGCCAGGCCACUGGCAGUCAGAGCGUUCUCUUUCAUCAUUGCGGGAAUUGCUAUAACGAAUGCGAUUGCUUCAACCAAAAUGGAAUCGCUCGAACAGAAGGCGCUAUUAUAUUAACAAUGUGUCUGGCCGCUUUUUACACUCUGAUACAAUAGAAUUUUAA